AGCGGGAGCGGCGACGGCGCGGGGAAGGACUGGCCCGGGAGCGGCUGGGGGUGAGCGGCGCGAUGAAGGCCAUCAGCCCCGUCCGUUCGGUGCGCGGCUGCUACGAGGCCGUGUGCUGCCUGUCGGAGCAGAGCCUGGCCAUCGCCCGGGGCGGCGGGGGCAAGAGGCCGGCCCUGGAGGAGCCCCUGGGGCUGCUCUACGACAUGAACGGCUGCUACUCGCGGCUGCGGGAGCUGGUGCCCGGUAUCCCCCGGGGCACGACGCUGAGCCAGGUGGAAAUCCUGCAGCACGUCAUCGACUACAUCCUCGACUUGCAGGGGGCCUUGGAGGAACCGGCGGCGGGCGCGGGACCCCCCACGGGCCCGCUCCUCUCCCUCAAGGCGGCCGAGCUGGCUUCGGAGUUGUACUCCGGCGACGAGAGGCGGUUGUGUCCGUGACCCGGUUGUGGACGGACGGACCGUGGGCGGCCGGACCCGGCGGGGCCGGAGACUGAGGCUGGACCUUCCCGCGGGGAGGCGGGAGCGGCCGCCGGGACCGACGGACGGGGGGAAAGAGGGGGUCGGCGUUGGCUGCGCCCCCGCCCCUCCGCCCGCCCGCCCGCUGUGUGUCAGCUGGAGGCAAACGGCUUCUUCUUCCGCGGCGGCGCCAGCCCGUCUGCAGCCCCGGCCGUGACCCGGCCCGCUGGGGCCCCUCCCCCGUUUCCCCGCCCCC